GUCGCGUGGCGAUUAUCCGAGUUAGGUGGCAGCACAGUCGCAAGACGCGAUCACUGUUUUCGUGGCGCGUUUCAGCGCGUUUCGUGCCGCUUGUACCGAAAUCCCGAAGGAGCAACUUAUAUUUCGUGGAAGCCUGAAACCAGCUACUUCAGCGGCAAACAAAUUUAGCUUGAACAGGCAAGAUGGAAGGAGGUGAUGGCCCUUCGGCCAUCAGUAACAAUCCUGUUACCAUCAAAGUGGCACAAGAAGAAAUGGGGAAAUUAGAUGUCUUGGUUUGUGGGCAAUGCCAUUCGGUUUUCCACUUUAUAGAGGAAUUCCAAGAGCACCGUAGUAAGGAAGGAGCUUGCUCACAAGUCUCACACUUUCGUGAUAACAGCAAUAAUGAACAGAAGGCACAGGUCUGGGCAUUUCUGUUAUGGAAAGAUACCCAGAUUCAACAAGAGGGUUCGGAUCGAGACAGCGCCAACUCCUGGAAAUUGUAUCAAAAGUGGUGUAAAAUGGAUACACAUAUUCGAGAUUCCUGGAUAGCAGCAGGAAAGACUAUUCAAACUUUUACAAAAAUCAGUAAUGCCAAGAUGCAAGAUGCUCCACGCCCUCAAUUGCAAACAAAUGCUGGUGAUGCUGCGAAGCCUGUAGUAGUUCGUAAAGUCAUUCGAAAUGGACAACCGGAAGAAGGAAAUGAGAAGAAAGAUGUAGCCAAGCUAGAACCAAAAACUACCAAGAGCACCGAAGGCGAGGUUGUUGUUAAAAAAGACAAGCCACGACUAAAACCAACUGUAAAACCAAAAAUUAAACCUGGUAAGAUCACUGGGCCUGAAGAUGGUGAUACAAGCGACGAAGAAUACGUAGUCGAAAAGAUUUUAGCUAAACGUUUUAAUCCAAAGAAACGCUGUUCUGAAUAUCUACUCAAGUGGGAAGGAUUUCCGCAUGAGCACAAUACUUGGGAACCUGCUGAAGACAUGGGAACAUGUAAACAUCUUCUAGAAGAAUUUGAGAGAAACCUGGCCAAACAAAAAGAACUCAAAGCAGCGCAGCAACAGGCCAAUGCAAAAUCUGCUGCUGCUGCUCGGUCCCAAGUCGCGCAAAAGACAAUAAUAAAAGCUGAACCAGCCAAACCCGGACCAAGUACCGCCGCCCAAGCAGGAAGGCCGAUGCGGUCAAGCAAAUCUAAGGCCAUGGAUCAAGUGAAACAAUGGUGCGGUUCCAUGAAGGACGAGGACAAUGAACUUUUAGGUAAACGAAGAAUCGACUAUUCCGAUAGCGAAUCCGAAGAUGGAACUACUGGAGGUGGUAGCAGCGCCGCAAAACGGGCUAAAUCUGGUGACACUGGAAGCGAUGAUGAUUGGACUGGAGAAUCAGAAGAUGAACGUAUUAUAGGUCGAUCAGACGUGAUCCAGAGAGCCUUCAACAGAGCCAAUGCACAAUCCAAUGGAUCUAAUCGAUCUGGAUCAGAUUUAGCUACUAGUCUUGGGCUUCAAUCUCCAGAAAAUUCGAAAUCCGGUCAGACUCCAGUCCUCGUGGCGAAUGCGAAGGGUGUCGUUAAAGUCGAUCCCAAACAGAUGCCUAACUUGACUUCUGGUGUUUAUGUAAUGUCCAGAAAAGACGGAAUAAUAAAACUCGACUCAUCGCCCAGCGGUAAAUUGGCAGUAAAGACAUCAAGUGCAGCUCAGGGUGUUCUAAUGGUUCCUAACCGCGAUGGAACGGUCGUGAGGAAACAGGUGAUCGGUUCACAACCUAACAGUACCAUAACUCCUGUGAAAGUGGUGUCGAAACCAGAUGGCAGUCAAGUAGUAACUCAGAUGAAAGUAAUUUCCAAAGGCGUUUCGAAAGCUGGAGUCAUUGCUCCAAAAUCUGAACCGAUAAAGAUCCAACCAAAGCCAGAUCCUACUCAACUGCAACAGAUUCAUGUAGUGACCGCCGUACCCAGUCCGAUGGGAAUCCAGCCUAGAAUGAGUACAGGAAUCAGACCCAGUCCUGGAUCAGGUCAACGAGAUACGCGUCCUCUUCUGCCAAGACCUUCACUUCGUGCGACAACCCCUACGAGUGUUCUAGGCGUAGGUGGAACGCUGAGAACACCGGUUAGAGCACCAGCUCCAAGACAAUCUCCGGGUCAGGUAGCUCAGCAGCCUAGACAAAUACUUCAAAAGCGAAGUAACGUUGCUGGCCAGAGCCCCGGUACCGCUACUGUCACUCAAAUCAGGCCAAAAUUUACAGUAAUCAGCUCGCAGUCUAAACAGACUCAGAAAACAACCGGAAGUCCGACACAGGCGAGGCAAAGUCCUAAAAUGGGAACUGGUAAACCACAGUCGAUCCUGUCUCCGCAGCAGAAAUUAUUAAUGGCUAAGAGAAAAGCUCAGGAAGCAGCUGGUAUAACAAAAUUAACUGGAAGAGGUUUACUAGCUGGUGCUAGAGCGACUGCAGGUCGUGGAAGAGGGAAACCAGUUGACUCUACUCCGGGAAAAGCUAAAGAAAGUAAAUUAGCUGAUGGCGAUGGUCUCCAUAUGGAGUUCCAUGAAGUGGGCUCUGAAGAAAGUAGCAGCGAUGGUGAACCGGAUAUCCCACCAGCUGAAACGGAACCUAUAGUUCCUGCAGAACCCGAAAGUCCACCUAGAGCAUUCACCCUGUGUCCUCUCACCGGUCGGAUUAUUGGUCCUGACGGUGAACCAGUGGAACAAUCUGCGGAAGAACCUCAACCAACUCCUACGCCUACUUCACAACAAACUCCAAUCACUUCGGAAUCUGCUGAUCCUGCAGUUGCUUCGGCGGCAGCUGGUACUGCCACUGAACUGGUACUACCCUCCUUAGACUCGCUAACCGAAAGUGGUGGCAUCAUGAGGGUUGAAAUGAGUCCUGGAGGAACUACUGGAACCAUCGUCCAAACAAGCGAAUCCGCACAGAUCAAUCUGUCCAAUGUAACAGUGGCUGCUCCCGGUUUACCUUGUCUCGACGACGGAGCAACGACUACGACAACAGCGCCGACUACAGUAGCGGUUACAGCAGCAGUAUCUACAUCCGAAUCAACCUCCACCGAAACUACACAAAUGAGUUCCGGACUCAGUACUGUAUCAGCUACCAGUUCUGUAUUAUCUACUGGGGAGAUUGCCAAGCAAGAGGAAAAACCAGAUGAGCGUAAAGUUACGGAGGACACAUCUAACCUAGUGACCAUCACCGGGGAGGACGGUGUCGUUUAUCAAGUAGCUGGUCAUGCAGAAGAUGGUCAGACUCUCCUAGUCACACGUGGAGCAGACGGUGAACAGCAGUGCGUUUACGUGACCACAGAACAGCAAGGCGAUGAUGGUCCAGUGCUCACCCUGGAUCACGCUGUAGCCGAAGCCGUGGCUCAGCUUAUCCCAGAUCAAGUUAACCUGGCAUCACAAUUUUAUGUAAAGGAAGGUGAAGCUGAGCCUGCCGAGAAUCAGAUGGUCAUGUCGAUUAUGGAGAAUAGUGGAGCUGCAGUAGCUACGGCACAAGAGGAUAACGACGCACAGGCUCAAGUCGUCGCACAGGUCGUACAAGCUGAUGAGCCUACACCAGGUGGUACAAGACGAGUAGUUCUUUUACUACCCGACGGCAAUCUGAUGAUGACCGAGGUCGACGAGGAACAGUACGCCGCCCUGGAACUGGACAAGUGAGGAGUAUUCGUUAUACAUCAAACGGAGAAGUUAUAGUUGCGCGAGUAAAAAGUCUUCGCACAAUAUUCGGGAAAAUUUUGUAUAUAUGUAGAGAUUUCCCGUAUACGUGUUACGAUCGUAAAAACCAAGGCGAUGUGGGACGAGUGAUCGUUAUUUGUCGCGAGGUAUUCGACCGUACUCGGAUAGAGACAGAGCUCUGUGUGUGCGUCAAAAAGAGCAAGAAAUGAAAGGAGAAAAGUUUGACGAGUCAAAAAGAAAAUUAAGCAAAGGGAUUCGCGAAGAACGUCAACGACGUCAAAUCUACGAGCUAGAUUAUAAAUAUGUUUUAAGAGAUCAUGUCUCGCGGUGGAAAAAAACGAUCGAUAUGAAAAGCUUUCAUCUUUUUUUUUUAAAUUUUCUAUAUUUAAUUUAUGACGACGACAGAGCCGGAAGUGUGAUGCGAGCGUGCUUUUCGUGGACGCGCGCGCAUGCGCUUCAAAUAGAAGCAAGGAAUAUUAUGCACCCUCUAUGGAAAUAUCCCAUCUUAUCUAUACGCAUCUAUAUUUCGCAACAAGCAUUGUAUUUUUUAAGAUAGUCUGUAAUCGAUACCUAGGGUUUUAUAUUUUUUUUUCUUUUCUCUAUAUAUCUCUCUCUCUGCCAGAUGCAUGUAACUCGCGUGCAUGCCUUUUAUUUUUUUUUCUUGUGCCCUCGACUUCUCACUCUUCGUCUAUCUCCUGGUUUUGCCCUUUCACAACGGUGCCGAGUGGCAUGAAGCCACUCGUUGCUGCUAGGACAUAUAUUAGUGUUAUCUAUUAUAACGCAUAAGCAAAAGAAGCUUUGUACGGUUUUCUGAUUAUGAAUGGAAAAAAAUACAAAAAAAAAUGAAAAAGAAAUAAUAGGAGAAACACAAGUAAUACUGACAAGCGGAGUAAUCGUGUACAAAGUAAGGAGGACUCGUGGGGGAAUUUCGAAGUAGCGUAAUUCUAAAAUAAAUUUAAUUAUUUCUGAAGGAAGCAUGGGUUUCUUGUCCUUCCGCUUCCAUAAGAAAAAAGAAGAAAAAAAAACUAAAAUGGGUUCUUUCUGCCCCACAUCACGAAACUGCAAAAAACACCGUAUAGCCAGCGACGUAGCCAAAAUAUAAAAUCCUAGCGUUUUAUCUUAUAUAACUCUUCUGUACAUAAUAUUGUCACCCUACUUCUUUAUAUAAAAAUUGUUUUCAAAUAAACAAUACGUACGAAUCUUA